AGUCCUCCGCCUUCCUUGCCUUCUCGUCCCCCUCCUUCCUUCUUUCCUUCCUUCCUUCCGCCGGGCGCGAUGGAGCCGGGGCGCGGGGCAGCCGCGGCGCUGCUGGCGCUCCUGUGCGCGGGCUGUGCACUGCGCUGCGGGCGCGCCCAGUACGAGCGCUACAGCUUCCGCAGCUUCCCGCGGGACGAGCUGAUGCCGCUCGAGUCGGCCUACCGGCACGCGCUGGACCAGUACAGCGGCGAGCACUGGGCGGAGAGCGUGGGCUACCUGGAGAUCAGCCUGCGGCUGCACCGCCUGCUACGCGACAGCGAGGCCUUCUGCCACCGCAACUGCAGCGCGGUGCCCCAGCCCGAGCCCGCCGCCGGCCUCGCGCACUACCCCGAGCUGCGCCUCUUCGGGGGCCUGCUGCGCCGCGCGCACUGCCUCAAGCGCUGCAAGCAGGGCCUGCCAGCCUUCCGCCAGUCGCAGCCCAGCCGCGAAGUGCUGGCCGACUUCCAGCGCCGGGAGCCCUACAAGUUUCUCCAGUUCGCCUACUUCAAGGCGAAUAAUCUUCCAAAAGCCAUUGCUGCCGCUCACACCUUUCUACUGAAGCAUCCUGAUGAUGAAAUGAUGAAGAGAAACAUGGCGUAUUACAAGAGCUUGCCUGAUGCCGAGGACUACAUUAAGGACUUGGAAACCAAGUCAUUCGAGAGCCUGUUCAUCCGGGCGGUGCGGGCCUACAACGGCGAGAACUGGAGGACGUCCGUCACGGACAUGGAGCUGGCCCUUCCCGAUUUCUUCAAAGCCUUUUACGAGUGUCUCGCAGCCUGCGAGGGCUCCAGGGAGAUCAAGGACUUCAAGGAUUUCUAUCUUUCCAUCGCAGGUUGGUGGCGGGCAGUAUUCCACACGUGA